AUGCAAAUCAUAUUCUACAACAAUAUUAGAAAGUCUUCUUGUUUUAGAAUGCUUCCAAGACUACUCUCUGGAUCAAGGCGUACCAUCCGUCCUUCACAUGUUCGAAUCACUACGAGCGGUGCUUCUAGAAUAUUCAAAGGAGAUAAAUUAUACAUCACUUGCCACUCUCCUAAAUCCUAUUUGAAUACCCCAUACCAUUGCCAAUCGAAACACUAUUCUACUUAUAAAACUUUUAAGAAUGUUUCGGUGACUAGCAACCCUAUUGAAUAUUUUGCAUCCCCUGGCUCCAGAAACAAAAUCCUUUUAGUUCUUGCUCUCGUUGGGGUGGUAUAUGUUCUGAACCUAGAUGAGGCACCAAUUUCUCAUCGGUCCCGUUUUCUUUGGAUUCCUAAGUGGGUCGAACAGUAUUUGGGUAAUAGAACUUAUAAUCAAAUAAUGUCACAGUAUCGCGGGCAAUUCCUAUCAAGAGCGCAUCCAACACAUCAAAAUGUUGAAUAUGUUGUGGGGAAGCUUUUAAAGAGCAGCGACGAAUUAAUUAAAGCCAACGAUAAUAACAUCACUGAUGGUUCUUUCUCUCGUGAUACUGAUACAGAUGAGAUUAGAUGGGAAGUUCAUGUCAUAAAUUCUUCAAGAGAUCCUCCUAAUGCUUUUGUGAUUCCUGGGGGCAAAAUCUUUGUGUUUUCCAGUAUUUUACCAUACACUCAGAAUAAUGAUGGCUUAGCAACAGUUUUGUCUCACGAAAUUUCUCAUGAAUUGGCUCGUCAUACAGGAGAGAAGUUAAGUCGUGAACCUCUUUCAAUUGUGGUGUCAUUGGCCUCAUUGGUGAUUUUUGGUACAGAUAUCCUCGGGAAAUUAUCUGGCUUAGUGAGUUUACACCAUUCUAGAACUCAAGAGUCAGAAGCAGAUUAUAUGGGUUUGAUGAUUAUGGCUAAUGCUUGUUUUCAUCCAGAGGAAGCCAUCAAAUUUUGGAAAAGAAUGUCAGGGAUGGGAUCAAUGAAACCUCCUGAAUAUUUAUCGACUCACCCUAGUGAUGGGACAAGAAUCAAUAAUAUCGAAAGUUGGCUUCCAGAAGCUAAUGCUAGACGAGGAUAUGCUGGUUGUGAUGAUGUUACAGCUUUUUUCAGCAAGAGUUGGUGA